AGGCGGGACUUCACUCUUAGCACCGGCCCCCGCCGGGCCGUACUUAAACCAUAGCAGACGGCGAGCAGGGACGAGUCGCUCCUCUGACACAAACGCGGCGAUCUCAACUUUUCUAAUCCAAGAGUCGAAACAUAACGGAUUUAAUCUCAAGAGAAAAGCCAACGGUCGGAUCUCAAGCCUCUUGACCCUGGUUCUCUCCCCUGGUGUGUGUGCUGAGUUCCAUGCUCUUCAUUUCUGCAGACAAAGCAGGCACAGCGCCAUGGUAACUUACAGCAAGCUCACCGCAAUGAGCAGCAGCAUCAACUCCGGCAUGCUGCAGACUCACCGCUACAAGACCUUCAGCACCAAGGCCCAGUACCAGAUGGUCCUGACCACGCUCCACAAGCUGCAGGAGAGCGGCUUCUACUGGGGCUCCAUCACCGGGAAGGAUGCCAACGCCAUGCUGCUGUCGGAAAAGACGGGCACCUUCAUCAUCCGGGACAGCUCGGACAAGAGGCACCUCUUCACCGUCAGCGUCAAGACGGCGUCCGGCACCAAGAACCUGCGCAUCCAAUGCGACUCUGCCUCCUUUUUCCUGCAGACGGACCCUAAGAACAUUCAGACGGCCCCCCGCUUUGACUGCAUCCUCAGACUCGUGCAUUACUAUAUGUCUCAAAGCAAAGGGAACAACCGCAGUGGGAAUAUUUACUACAUCCACUCUGGUGGGGAGAAGAUCCCCCUGGAGCUUCACCAACCGCUCUUCUGCAACCUGUCCACUCUGCAGCACCUCUGCAGGAAGACGGUGAACGGACACUUGGACAUUUCCUCCAAUAAAGAACAGCUUCCUCAGCCAGUUAGGGAUUAUCUCCAGGACUACGACGCCCCUAUUUAGAGGUGCACGACCAGGACAAACCGGUGUAAAAGCGGUGUCGCGGUUUCACACUAGCGACAUGUUGGUGGACCACUGAAGAACUCAUCUGCUGUAGUCUCCGACUGAGGCCCCAUCUGCUGCUGCUGCUGCUGCUACCAAAGUGCUGUGAGGUUGUCAAGUCCACGCACAUGAGCCAAAGAAAACCAUCCGUCCAUUAAAGGUGGACAGGCUUUUACAGACUGAGCUGAUUCACUUUUUUUUUCUCCUGCUGAAAGGCAGGUUUACAUGGAAUCACUCGCACAGAUCCAGCAUUCCUCCGAUUCCUGGCAGGGUGGACAGAAAUGGCCGCCUUAUUUUUUUAUGGAAGAAAAACACAAAGUGUCCUCAUAUGGAAUAUACAAGCCAAACUCGACUGAAGAAUCCUGACAGAGGCGUGACAAACUCGGAAGGUGGAUGAAUGUUUGGAAGCCGUUCAGACGUCUUACUCUGAUGCCUUUUUGGAAAACGUUGUUUACCUGAAGACCAGAUCUGUUGCUGUCUUUUAAAAAGACACUUGUGACGGCCGCACCGCUGGCCACCAAUGCUUGACCCUCCCCACGACACAAACUGGUCACUCCGACUUUGCACUUAUUUAUACCUGUAAAGAAAAAACAUUUCAGUAAUUUAUAAUAAAGAGUACUAGUUUUCUACAAA